AUGGCUGGGCGGAACAAUCUUCCCAAGGGUCCGAUUGGCUCCGACCAUAUCGCCGACUUUUCGUCCCUCCUCAAUGGUUCAAGACCAGAAGGGUCGCCCACCGUCCACUUCGCAGCUGCCAACGAAGAGAUCGAGCCCGAACCCCUACAGAUCGAUCCGGCAUUCGCACCACAACAUAAAUCAGAUCAGGAAGAGGAGAGCAUCAAAGAAAUGUCACAGUCAUUUCAGAGCACGGAGCUCCAGGGACGCCGAAUGAGCCAGUACGCAUUUGAGCCCAUCUCUCUCCCGGUAUCGAGGGUUAACUCCCACGACGAUAGUUCUCGAGAAGCAAGUCGACACAGCACCCGUACGCCGUCGAACAGGCAGUCGCCUCGUCACAGCCCUCGGCCAUCAUCUAUGCACUCACCGCCUAUCACACCUGCGGCGACGCUAUCCAGGGAUGCCAUUGAGUCUACAACGAAGGUGUCACCUCUGCAACAGGUGGAAGCAGACGUAGGCCCUGCGGUCGUUACUCUCCAGAUAUCCCCGCCUGGCACAUCACCAACAACCACAAACAAUGGAUCCUCUAGACCAACAUCCUCGGGACAAGUGAAUGGCCUAGCAAUUCGAACGUCAGGUUCUGCCGCCCCCUCCAAGCAUCACGGUUCAUUUGCUAUUGGCCCUAGUACUCACGAAUCCUCUGUCCCGACUUCCCGAGAUGCAAGUCCGAGUCGGAUUCCUGGCCCAGGACCAACGUAUAGCCGUCCGUUCACGCCAGCUGGCGAUAUGAAUGACCCGUACGCUGCACAUAAGAGAGCUCCUCAGCCAAAGGUAGGAGAGAUCGACUCUCGAUUCAAGUUUACGGCCCUCAACUCGAAACAACGAGUCAACUCCAGCUCUUCUUUGAACCUACCACGAUCAUCGCGAAGCGCUGUUGAUGUCAACCCAUUGGAGCCCAAGCGCCGUUCUAUCUUUGGAAACCAUCACGACCAAGAUGACAGCUCCGCCCCUAUUAACAGUAAGCAUGGCUCCAUGUCGGAGCUCAAAAGAUUUUUGAAAAUGGGAGGACAUCACAAGUCAAAACGCACAACAUCUCCGACGCCGUCUACGAAGUCAGGGAACAAGACACCGCCCGCUCAAAAGUCGGCUAGAUCGCCCAAGCAACUGCCUUUCGGUGAUGACCAUGGCCUGCAGUCAAAAUAUGGAAAGUUUGGCAAAGUCUUGGGAGCGGGAGCUGGUGGAUCGGUACGCUUGAUGAAGAGAAGCAGUGAUGGAACAACCUUCGCCGUCAAGGAGUUCAGAGCUCGACAUUCGUACGAGACCGAAAAGGAGUAUGCCAAGAAAGUCACGGCCGAGUUUUGUGUAGGAUCGACGCUGCAUCAUGGUAACAUUAUCGAAACACUGGAUAUUGUGCACGAGAAGAACAAAUGGUACGAAGUAAUGGAGUACGCCCCUUAUGACCUGUUCGCAAUCGUUAUGACCGGGAAGAUGUCCAGGGAGGAGGUGACAUGUUCUUUUUUGCAAAUUCUCAGCGGUGUCACAUAUCUGCACAGUAUGGGACUUGCACAUCGAGAUUUGAAGCUGGACAAUGUGGUUGUCAAUCAGUACGGAAUCAUGAAAAUCAUCGAUUUUGGUAGUGCGAGCGUCUUCAAGUAUCCGUUCGAGAGCAAUAUCGUACUUGCAAGCGGUAUCGUGGGAUCUGAUCCAUACCUCGCCCCUGAGGUGUACGAAGACCGGAAAUACGAUCCUCAACCAACUGAUAUCUGGUCGCUUGCCAUUAUUUUCUGCUGCAUGUCUCUUCGCCGAUUCCCAUGGAAGGUGCCCCGGAUGACAGAUAAUUCGUAUAAGCUAUUUGCAUCACCGCCAACUCCAGGUACUGAAACGAAGCGGCACUCGGACAUCCCUUUGCCCGCAAAAUUAACGAAUGACCCCGAGAUUCCAGUCGAGGAUGCCGAGCUAGAAGUAGCACCUGUGCCUGUAACUAAGGUCAAGACUAACCUGAAAGUGGCACCUGGUUCGGAAGACAAAAAGCCUGAGGUGAUUAAGGGCCCGUGGCGUCUGCUCCGUCUUCUGCCGCGGGAGAGUAGGCAUAUCAUUUCGUUGAUGCUGCAGAUUGACCCGAAGAAUCGGGCGACGAUGGAGGAUGUUUUAGCGGAUGCCUGGGUCUCCUCCACCCCCAUCUGCAGACAAGGGGAGAAAGGCGAGGUCUUCAACGCACCAGGCCACCAACAUACUCUUGAGCCCCCUGCCUCUCAAACUCCUCCUACAAAAUGA